AUGAACUGGGAGGAACUGACGGGGGAGUGGGAGAGCGAGUUCCGGCUGGGGGUGCGGUUUUACACGGAGGAGCAGCCUGCUGCUGCCAUCCUGCACCUGGGGAAGGCACUGCAGGAGUAUUUGGUGGCAGACGCCGAGUGCAGGGCCCUCUGUGAGGGACCCUACGACUACGAGGGCUACAACUACCUGGAGUACAACGCAGACCUUUUCCAGGCCAUCACAGAUCACUACAUGCAGGUACUCAGCUGCAAGCAGGGCUGUGUGACAGAGCUGGCCUCCCAGCCCGGAAGGGAGAAGCCCUUGGAGGAUUUUCUACCAUCACACUUCAACUACCUCCAGUUUGCCUACUACAACAAUGGAAAUUAUGAAAAAGCCAUUGAAUGCACCAAAACCUAUUUGCUCUUCUUUCCAAAUGAUGAGGUGAUGAACCAGAAUUUGGCUUAUUACACUGCUGUCCUGGGGGAGAACCUGGCAGGACCCAUCCAACCCCGAGAGGAGAUCCAGGUGUACCACCAACGAAGCCUGAUGGAGAAGGAGCUGCUCUUCUUCAGUUACGAUGUCUUUGGUAUCCCGUUCGUGGAUCCGGACACUUGGACACCUGAAGAGGUGAUACCAAAAAGACUGCGAGAGAAACAGAAGGUGGAGCGGGAGACAGCGGCGCGCAUCUCGGAGGAGAUCGGCAACCUCAUGAAGGAGAUCGAGACCCUGGUGGAGGAGAAGGCCAAGGAGUCUGCUGAUCUCAGCAAGUUCAUCCGAGAAGGUGGCCCCUUGGUGUAUGAAGGAGCCAGUGUCACCAUGAACUCCAAGGCCCUGAACGGCUCUCAGCGUGUGGUGGUGGAUGGGGUCCUUUCCACCAAGGAGUGCCAGGAGCUGCAGGCGCUCUCCAACGCAGCUGCCUCAGCUGGGGAUGGCUAUCGUGGGAAGACAUCUCCUCACACUCCCAGUGAGACCUUCCAUGGUGUGACUGUCCUCAAGGCCCUCAAGCUGGGCCAGGAGGGCAAGGUGCCCCUUCAGAGUGCCUACCUCUACUACAACAUGACAGAGAAGGUGAGGCACAUGAUGGAGUCCUAUUUCCGCCUGGAGGUCCCUCUCCACUUCUCCUACUCCCACCUGGUGUGCCGUACAGCCAUUGAUGAGAAGCAAGAAGGUAGAAGUGACAACAGUCAUGAGGUGCACGUGGACAACUGCAUCCUCAAUGCAGAAGCCCUGGUGUGUGUGAAGGAACCUCCAGCCUACACCUUCCGGGAUUACAGUGCCAUCCUCUACCUCAACGGGGACUUUGAAGGAGGAGCUUUCUACUUCACUGAGCUGGAUGCAAAGACUGAGACUGCAGAGGUUCAGCCACAGUGUGGUCGUGCCGUGGGCUUCUCCUCUGGCUCAGAGAACCCCCACGGGGUGAAAGCAGUGACCAAGGGGCAGCGCUGUGCCAUCGCCCUCUGGUUCACCCUGGACCCCCGGCACAGCGAGCGGGAGCGUGUGCAAGCUGAUGACCUGGUGAAGAUGCUUUUCAGCCCAGAAGAGAAGGAUUUGCUGCAGGAGCCAAAGCAGGAGCCACCAGCUGCUGUUGCGGGUGGAAAAGAUGAGCUAUGA